AGCCACAGGAGCCCAUUAUGGGAAUGACUUUUUCAGCAAAAGAAUGGGGCCACUUCAGCGCCAACUGCGGAAGGGGGAAUAUGGGUUCUUUAAAUAUUCCCCCAUGUUUGAAAGUGACUUUGUUCAGAUCAGCAAGCAUGGAGGUCCAGUAGAGAUCACCAACGAGGAGCAAAUUGUGACUGUUGGGAUGAGCUUUACAAGCCCUGUCCUCCUGAUGCCCGAUGUCCUGCUUGUGGCACGGCCCGUUUACCUGCCUGCAGAUCCUCCUCCACUGCGUGGCACCAGGGUCUCUCCACAACGCAAAGUGAAAUAUGAGCUCAGCAGGUUGUUCCCUUUGCGUUUGGUGAAGAUCUCCAUCCAUGAUGCAGAGAGGCAACAGCUGAAAUUUAGACUAGCGAGCGGACGCACCUUCUAUCUCCAGCUGUGCCCUGAAUCGUACAGGCGAGAAUACCUCUUUGAUUCCUGGACCAGGAUCAUCCAGUUAUUGUGGCCGCCCUCAGAUAUAAUGUCUGCAAUGAAGGAGGAGGUCAUUGAGACCAGCCGCAUUAGGAGUUCUCCACCUCCAAGACCUAAAGCUCCAUCUCCUAAGCCCCCAGUUAAGAGUACAACUGCCUGGAGUGAGCUAACCUUCACCAACAGCCUUGCGGAAGACAAAGAAACAAGAAAAAUCAGCACGGCCAAGUCUCCCACAAGCCUGACCAAAGCCCAAAAUCCGGGCUCGUCUUCCAGAGCAGCACAGGAAGCUGAGCUUGUCCGUCCUCCACCCUCUCAGGCCUGGAAGGAGGAGCGGGCAGAGAGAAACCCCUCCCACAGGAGUCAGGCGGGGGAGAAAGUGAGGCGUGAGAGCAGUCACCCCACCAGGAGUUUCAAAAGAUCCUUCAAGGAAAGUCAUUCUAGUCGAAGCAAGUCUGGACAAAGAGAUGCUAACCGGAAGCCCAGCAAGCUUCUCUCUCUCAUCCAAUCUUACUCCUGGGGCAGCUCCCAGAAGGUUAACCAAGGUACCAGAUCCCAGUCCAAAGAGAGGAAAUAGCAGAGUGAAGGGAAGAUAUUCAAAGAGGAGCAGUCUCUACCAUGUCUGUUUUGUACCCACUGCCUGGCCAGGGGGAACGGCAAAGGAGGAGCAGCAAGUGUGUGUGUGUGCUUGUGUUCUUAUUAAUAAAACAUUUGUUCAAUUUUC